AUGUCCUCGCCGUACACGGACCCCCGCAUCGUACAUGCAAAAGCCAUCAAAACUCACCACCGAACUUUGCUUAUCAGCCUUAUCACCCUUUACUCUAGAGCCAAUCUCCACGCUAACUCCCUCAGCAUCUUCAAUUCCAUCCGCGACCGGAAUGUUGUGUCAUGGACAGCUCUUAUCUCUGCUUUUUCCAACACCCCAUUUGCCUUCCACCAUUUUAUUUCCAUGCUCCGGCAGUCCACCCUCCCAAACAGCCGUACUUUUUCUACUUUGUUCAGUACUUGCGCUUCACUUUCCUCCCUAUCUGUUGCCCUCCAACUCCAUUCCCUUGCCCUUAAGCUCUCCUGUGAUUCCCACCCCUUUACGGCUUCGUCUUUGGUUUCCUUGUACUGUAAAAGCCGGUUUCUUGACGGUGCGCGUAAGGUGUUUGAUAGGAUGCGUGAGAGGGACGCUGUUUGUUAUGCUUCGAUUAUUAAUGGGUUGGCACAGAAUCGAAAGCCUGUUCAGGCUUUGUGUUAUUUUGGGGAGAUGAGGAGGUCUGGGGUGGAGUCGAGAAUACAGAGCGUUUCAGGGGCUUUGAAGGCUGUUUCUGAGCUUGCUGUGCUUGAGCAGUGUAGGAUAAUUCAUGGGCAUGCUGUGGUGACUGGUUUGAAUUCGGAUAUUGUUGUGGGAACGGCGAUGAUUGACGCCUAUGGGAAAUGCGGGCUUGUCGUGGACGCUCGUGGAGUAUUUGAUGAGUUAGAUGUGGCGUUGAGCAUUUUUGGAUGGAAUGCGUUGAUGGCAGGGUAUGCACAACAGGGAGAUAAGGACCAUGUGUUACAGCUUUUUCAGUUGAUGGAAGCCAGAGGGUUCAAACCGGAUGAUUAUACUUUUUUGGCAGUUUUGACUGCACUGUAUAAUUCUGGGUUAGCUGAGGAGAGUCGGAGUUGGAUCACAAAGAUGAGAGUGGGUUAUCAUGUAGAGCCUGGGGUUGAGCAUUAUACAUGUUUAAUUGGUGCAUUGGGAAGAAGUGGAUUGUUAGAGGAGGCAGAGGGGGUUGCUUUGACAAUGCCAUUUGAGCCAGACGCAGCGGUAUGGCGAGUAUUGUUAUCUACUUCUGCAUAUCAUGGCAACGCUGACAUGGCUUGGAGGAUGGGUCAGAAGUUGUUGGAGAUGGAUCCCAACGAUGACUCAGCUUAUGUUAUAUCGGCAAAUGCUUUUGCAGGUGUAGAGAGGUGGGAUGAGGUUAAGGAUGUGAGGAAGAUAAUGAAAGAGAUGGAUGUGAGAAAGGAAGGUGGGAGGAGCUGGAUCGAAGUGAAAGGUGAGCUUCACGAGUUUUUAGCUGCAGAUAAGAGACAUGAAAGGAUGGAUGCAAUCUAUGCUAAGUUAGCCGAGUUAAUGCAACAAAUUGAGAAAUUAGGAUAUAAACCAGUUUUAGAUGAGGUGUUGCAUGAUGUUGACAGGAAGGAGAAGAAGGAAGUACUUAUGGCUCAUAGCGAGAAGUUGGCUCUGGCUUUUGGGGUUUUGUGUGAGGCAGCACCUCCAGGGAAGGCAUUUAGAAUUGUUAAGAAUUUGAGGAUUUGUAGGGACUGUCAUGAGGCUUUUAAGUAUUUCAGCAUAGUGGUAGAGAGGGAGAUUAUUGUCAGGGAUGUUAACAGAUACCAUAUGUUCUCUAAUGGUAGUUGUAACUGUGGAGAUUUCUGGUGA